AUGGGGGACAACGUCUCCUAUGAUUCAAAUGCCAUAAUUAUAAAUGGUGAGCGACGUGUUAUCUUCUCGGGUUCAAUUCAUUAUCCACGCAGCACCGAUGCAAUGUGGCCUGAUCUUAUUCAGAAAGCUAAAGAUGGAGGACUUGAUGCAAUUGAGACUUAUAUUUUCUGGGAUCGCCACGAACCACAACGUCAAAAAUAUGAUUUUUCUGGACAUCUAAAUUUUAUCAAAUUCUUUCAGCUCGUUCAAGAUGCUGGGUUAUACAUCGUCAUGAGGAUUGGUCCUUACGUGUGUGCCGAGUGGAACUAUGGAGGUUUUCCUCUGUGGUUGCACAAUAUGCCAGGAAUCCAACUUCGAACUGACAAUCAAGUCUACAAGAAUGAAAUGCUAACUUUCACAACAAAGAUAGUGAAUAUGUGUAAACAAGCCAAUCUAUUUGCAUCACAAGGAGGACCAAUUAUCUUAGCCCAAAUUGAAAACGAGUAUGGAAACGUGAUGACACCAUAUGGAAAUGCAGGAAAAGCAUAUAUCAAUUGGUGCGCUCAAAUGGCUGAAUCUUUCAAUAUUGGUGUUCCAUGGAUCAUGUGUCAACAAAGUGAUGCCCCGCAACCUAUCAUUAAUACAUGUAAUGGAUUCUAUUGUGAUAGCUUUAGUCCUAACAAUCCUAAGAGCCCAAAAAUGUUUACCGAAAAUUGGGUGGGAUGGUUCAAGAAAUGGGGGGACAAAGACCCUUACAGAAGUGCAGAAGACGUAGCUUUUUCUGUGGCAAGAUUUUUUCAAUCUGGUGGUGUGUUUAACAAUUAUUACAUGUAUCAUGGAGGCACCAACUUUGGAAGAACAUCGGGAGGUCCAUUUAUCACUACGUCUUAUGAUUACAAUGCUCCACUUGAUGAAUAUGGAAACUUGAAUCAACCCAAAUGGGGGCAUCUCAAACAACUCCACUCAUCCAUCAAAUUGGGAGAGAAGAUUCUCACUAAUGGCACUCACUCAAACAAAACAUUUGGUAGCUUUGUAACUUUGACAAAAUUCUCUAACCCAACAACAAAGGAGAGAUUUUGCUUUUUGAGCAACACGGAUGGCACCAAUGAUGCUACCAUAGAUUUGCAGGCAGAUGGAAAGUAUUUUGUACCAGCUUGGUCUGUGAGCAUUAUUGACGGUUGCAAGAAAGAGGUUUUUAACACUGCAAAGAUCAAUUCUCAAACAUCUAUAUUUGUGAAGGUGCAAAAUGAGAAGGAAAAUGUCAAACUCUCAUGGGUUUGGGCUCCGGAGGCCAUGAGUGACACUUUGCAAGGAAAGGGUACAUUUAAGGAAAACCUUCUUUUGGAACAAAAAGGAACUACUAUUGAUUCUAGCGACUACUUGUGGUACAUGACAAAUGUUGAGACCAAUGGAACAUCUUCAAUUCACAAUGUAACACUCCAAGUGAAUACAAAGGGCCACGUGCUUCAUGCCUUUGUGAAUACAAGGUACAUUGGGUCGCAAUGGGGAAACAACGGCCAAAGUUUUGUAUUUGAGAAACCCAUUCUAUUAAAAGCGGGAACUAAUAUCAUAACCCUUUUAAGUGCCACAGUAGGACUGAAAAAUUACGAUGCAUUUUAUGACACAUUGCCAACUGGAAUUGAUGGAGGUCCAAUUUAUCUAAUUGGAGAUGGAAAUGUCACAACUAAUUUGUCAUCAAAUUUGUGGUCUUAUAAGGUUGGAUUGAACGGUGAAAUCAAACAACUUUACAACCCAGUAUUCUCACAGGAAACAAGUUGGAACACAUUAAAUAAAAAUUCCAUUGGGAGGAGAAUGACAUGGUACAAAACAAGCUUUAAGACACCUUCAGGUAUUGACCCUGUAACAUUGGACAUGCAAGGAAUGGGAAAAGGUGAGGCUUGGAUAAAUGGACAAAGCAUAGGUCGAUUCUGGCCUUCUUUCAUUGCUGGUAAUGAUAAUUGUAGUGAAACUUGUGACUACAGAGGAGCAUAUGACCCCAGCAAAUGCGUUGGAAAUUGUGGAAAUCCUUCACAAAGAUGGUAUCACAUUCCAAGAUCGUUUUUAUCAAAUAACACAAACACAUUGGUAUUGUUUGAAGAAAUUGGUGGAAGUCCUCAACAAGUCUCAGUUCAAACCAUCACUAUAGGAACUAUAUGUGGAAAUGCUAAUGAAGGAAGCACAUUAGAGUUGUCUUGUCAAGGAGAGUAUAUCAUUUCCGAAAUCCAAUUUGCUAGUUAUGGAAAUCCAAAGGGAAAAUGUGGUUCGUUCAAACAAGGAUCAUGGGAUGUGACAAACAGUGCUCUUUUAUUGGAAAAGACUUGCAAAGGCAUGAAAAGUUGUUCGGUGGAUGUAUCUGCAAAGUUGUUCGGAUUGGGCGAUGCUGUUAAUUUGUCUGCAAGAUUGGUUGUUCAAGCGCUAUGCUCAAAGAAGUGAGUGGUGUAAAAUUUUCUUUAUGUAUAAUAAAUGUUUAUUUUUUUGUUUAGCAAAUGAAA